AUGGAAUCAUUCGAUGUAAGACAUUUAUCUUUGGAUCUUGAGAAGAAACUACUUGAUGAAGGAGAUGCCAUCGCGCGGUCCUUGGGUGGGAUGGAAACACUGAAUAAGCUUACAAGGACUCUUGGUGGCAUCACAGAGAAGCUUGCUCGUGCAGAAGAUGUGCUAGAAGUUCGAGGUGGAGUUCUCAACCAAAAAUGGAAGAAUAAACUUAUACAUUGGCUCUGUCGUCUGGAGUUCCUCAUUGAGGAGAUUAAGGCCUUUCUUCAAGGUAAGUUGCCUAAACCACUUAUUAAUUCAUUUCUGGGCUCAACAGUUGACUUCAAAGACGAGGCUAAGGCUAUUUCAGAUGGGUUGUCUUCUUCAAUGAAAGACAAUGUUGCAGAGGAUUUAGUUGUUGUAUCUGAAGUUUUCAUUGGUAGACAGAAUGAAUUAGAUGCUGUUAAAAAGAUGCUUUUUGAUUCAAACAAUCAUCUUUCAGUUAUUCCAAUUGUUGGUGUGAAUGGAAUAGGGAAAACUGCUUUUACCCGGCUUUUAUAUAAGGAUGAUAAAGUUAUUAGUCAUUUUAAGGUGAGACAUUGGGUAUCUAUGUCUGGAAUCAGUAGGCCUCGCCAGAUAUUAGAGAAAAUCCUUAAGUUGAAUUCUGCAAGUCGUGACCUUUUAAGCCAAUUUCAUUCUCGAGUAGAUAGCAGAUGUUGCUUACUUGUCUUAGACGGCGUAACUCAGGCUGGCAUUGGAUCUUUUCUGAAUGAAAUGCUGUGUAAUGUUGAACGCGGGAGCAAAGUAAUUGUGACUGCGUCCAAUGAACAAGUGUCAGACAACUUGAGGCCCCUGCCAAUCGUCGUAGGGGCACCAUAUAUAUUAGAGGGCCUAUCAGGGACCGACUCCAAGGCUUUGGUGGAACGUGCUGUGACAUGUGAUCUACCAGACAUCGGGUUGGAGAUUUGUAACAAGUGCGGUAAUGUCCCACGUGCCAUAUGGACCUUAGCUGCCUUGCUUACCCCUGCUUGUACUUUGGAUAAAUGGAAGUCUUUUCAAGAUGUUGUACUGACAAGUGUGGAGUAUCCUGUGAGAACUAUUCUGUUGAAGUUAAACUUGGAUUCCUACAAACAACUUUCACCUUCAAUAAGGCAAUGUUUCAAUUAUUGUUCCUUGUUUCCCAAGGAUUAUAUAUUUAGUAAGACUGAGUUGAUUCAUCUUUGGAUGGCGCAAGGCUUCACUAAGUCAUCAGCUCAAGAAAAGAGGUCACAGGAGCUAAUUGGUGAUGAAUGUUUCAGGGAAUUACAGAAUUGGGAAUGCUUCAAUGAAGAUGGUGCAAGUGAAGGUAAUGGCGCUGCUGUCAGCUUCAGAAUGCACCAUCUGGCAAAAGAGUUUGUGAAACAUGCAGCAAAAGAUCAUUAUUAUUUGGGGGAUAAUUCUUCUGAUGUAGUCAGUACCGACAUUAUUCGGCAUGUGAGUUUUGUUGUUGACUCUUCAUGGGAGGAUCCUCAAUGGCUGUCUCGUGCCAAGAAUUUGCAGUCUCUUCUGCUUUUUCCAAGCAAAUCAUGUGAUGAGUACAUCAGUUUACCGAAUAUCACCGAGAUCUUGUCAAAUAUUGAAGGCUUGCGCUCAUUGGAUUUGGCAACAGUAAAUUGUGAAGGCCUUCAAGACAUCUUUAGGAUUCUCAAGCAUUUGAGGUACCUCAGACUUGGUGUAUCUUCCCAUUCUCUUUCAGAAUCCAUCACAACACUGGAGUACUUGCAAACCUUGGAUCUUCGAUACUCUGGUGUUAGGUAUUUGCCGAGCGAUUUUUACAAAUUGGCUAAUUUGAGACACUUGUAUACUGGAGAUAGAAUGAUUGAUUUGCCACCUAGGUUUGGCAAAUUGACUUCCCUUCGAACUUUAGAUGUGUUUAUAGUAGGAGAAAACAAUGGGUCCGAUGCUCUUGCUCAUUUAAGUGGUGUUGGUGCUGCUGGGAAGCUGAAAAUACGCUAUGAGAGAGGUUAUGGGAAACACAAAUUUGAAGCGACAGCAGGGAUUUUGAAGGAUACUGACCUCAGUGACUUGUGGUUAACAUGGUCAUCUUGGGAUGGAGAAUUGAGCGUUGAUGUUAAGCCUGAGAAAGAUGAUACACCGUUACAAUGUCUGCAGCCUCCUCCAACUCUUGAGAGCCUAACAGUCUGGCAUUGGAGGGGAAUGACUUUCCCACAGUGGGGUAUGGAUGUUUCCCCUAGCCUGCUCCCCCAUCUUGCGUCUAUAGAUAUUGUGGGCUGUAGUAAUUGCCAAUGUCUCCCUGCUUUCAGUGCACUACCUUGUCUCAGGUCUCUUAAGCUUCGUGGACUUAAUGCCUUGAAGUACAUAGAGAAUGUCGAUAAAGGUAACACGAUAUCUGCUGCAGUAACAGAGUACUUUCCGUCCUUGAAGUAUCUGAUGUUGGCUAAUUUGCCAGAACUAGAGGGAUGGUCAAGAGCAGAUGAUGAUGAUAGUGAUCGACAGGAGCUUGGAAGAAAACAAGUUCUCUCUUGUCUUUCUGACUUAAGAAUAAGCGGUUGUCCAAAGCUGAUUUCUGUACCUCCAGCACAAAAACUGAAGUCGCUUGAGGCAGAUAACAUUCAAGCGCAGCUGUUGAAAAAUAUUUUGCAUGCCCACGAAUCACUGGCAUCAUCCUCCAAUUCAUCAGCAUCUUUCAGUCUCAAGACUUUGCAAAUCACCUCCAUUAAUGAACUAGAUUCUCUCGCAAUUAAUCUCAGUUCCCUCGAGCACUUGAUGAUAAGAAGGUGCCAGCAAUUGGUCAACUUGGUUGCAGAAUCUACUGCUUUACUGAGGCGACUAGAAAUCCAUGAAUGUUGCAAUUUGAAAGACAUAUCUAGUGCAUUGCAGCAUCUCUCAGUCCUUGAGGAACUGGAGGUUGAGCGUUGUGAUGAAUUGGAUUGGGGAAACAGAGUAGCUUGGCAAGGUCUCAAAAACAUCCGCUCCUUGAAACUGAAAAACAUGUCAAGAUUGGAGUCAAUUCCGGAAGGCUUUGAUUGCCUAUCUACACUUCAGAAUCUCUCUCUCUGUUGGCUUCACAAUCUGAACGACAUUCCAGAGUCCAUUCGGCUCCUCACCCAACUUCGUGAACUUGUCAUUCAAUAUUGUCCUAUGUUAACAGCACUUCCUGAAGGACUGGGUCUCCUCUCCACUUUGCAACAAUUGGAGAUUCGGCAUUGUCCUAGAAUGACCAAUUUCAUUGCUAGAUUUCCAGAAUCCCUCCAACGACUCCAAAUUCGUGAAUGUUCUAGAUUGAAAGACAUCUCUGGUGCAUUGCAGAGUCUCUCUGUCCUGGAGGAAUUGGACAUUGAGCGCUGUGAGCAGUUGGAUUGGCGGGAUGUAAGCCAAGGCCAAGUUGAUGUAGAUCUCAGUUUAGAAAAUGGAACAGCUUGGCAAAGCCUGAAGUGCCUCCGUUCCUUGAAAUUGACAAGCAUCUCAAAUUUGCAAAAACUUCCAGGUAGCCUUGGAUGCCUCACAAUGCUUCAGAAACUCUCUCUUUGUUCACUUUAUAAUUUCAAGUCGUUACCAGACUGGAUCAUGGACCUCACUCAGCUUCGCCAUCUUGCCAUUUGGUGUUGUCCUCAAUUAAUGGAGCUUCCUGCAGCAUUUGAUAGACUCUCAAAUUUAAAACAACUCGAGAUUGGAGAAUGUUCAGAACUGGUGAAAAAAUGUCAGAAGCCAGAUGGACAAUAUUGGCCCCUUAUUCAACAUGUUCCUCACAUACAACUUGAGUGAAUUACUUUCAUGAGGGAUCAAGACAUUUUUACCCCCAGUUCAACCUAUCAGUUUGACCUGAACUUGGUCCUUCUCUAAGCUUAAUCAUGGUAUGCUCUCAACAGAAUCUGGUCACUGAGGUAUCAUUUGAAAGACCAAAAUGGUUAUGUUAAUUUUCAUUCAUAUAAUUACACAGACUGUUCAGCUGCUAUAGUGUUACAUAUCAAUUGAAGUCAGUGAUUAGUAAAGGGAGCUUGUGACAAAAUUUAGCUGGAUUGAUCUGUAGAAGAACCUGUUGGCACCUGCUCGACUAUCUGGGGUUCCUUCUGAUUUCCCCACGUACAACUGCACCUCUGCAGAUUUGCUGACUUUCAUGGUUGAGAAAUGAUCAUGUGAGACAAAGAUACCAACUAGUGGUGGACACCAAGAAGCAAUUCAUACCUACAAGUUUGCCUCACUCCGUGGAUACUUCUAUCUCCUUUCUUUUAUUAAUUUUGAUAAUAUUUUGGUUUCUUAAUUACAGUUAUUUUUCAGUUUUAGUAUAUAACUAAUAUGGUUACAAGUUAAUCCUUUCAAUGA